AGGCAAAAAAAAAAAAAAAAAAGACAUCGAGGCGGCCGUGGCGGGACGGGACCUCCCGGCAGUGGUUGGUGGUCGGAGAGGAUGAACCAACAGUCAAAGAGUAAAUACUGCAAACUGGCUGACUGCUGAUGAAGAUGAUAUUUUAUUUUAAUGGCAGACAUUUGUAAUAGAAAUGAUGGCUGGCUGUGGUGAAAUCGAUCACUCAAUAAAUAUGCUUCCUACAAACAAGAAAGCAAAUGAGUCCUGUUCCAAUACCACACCUUCUCUAACUGUUCCUGAAUGUGCCAUUUGUCUGCAAACCUGUGUUCACCCAGUCAGUCUACCCUGUAAGCAUGUUUUCUGCUAUUUAUGUGUAAAGGGAGCUUCAUGGCUUGGAAAGCGAUGUGCCCUCUGCCGACAAGAAAUUCCAGAGGAUUUCCUUGACAAGCCAACUUUACUGUCUCCAGAAGAACUCAAGGCAGCAAGCAGAGGAAAUGGUGAAUAUGCCUGGUAUUAUGAAGGAAGAAAUGGAUGGUGGCAGUAUGAUGAGCGUACUAGUAGAGAGCUGGAAGAUGCUUUUUCCAAAGGUAAAAAGAGCACUGAAAUGUUAAUAGCUGGGUUUUUGUAUGUUGCCGAUCUUGAAAAUAUGGUUCAAUAUAGGAGAAAUGAACAUGGACGUCGCAGAAAGAUUAAGCGGGAUAUAAUUGAUAUACCAAAGAAGGGAGUAGCUGGACUUAGGCUGGAUUGUGAUGCUAAUACGGUAAACCUAGCAAGAGAAAACUCUGCAGAUGGAGCGGACAGUGUAUCAGCACAAAGCGGAGCAUCUGUUCAGCCGCUGGUAUCAUCUGUGAGGCCCCUGACAUCAGUAGAUGGUCAGUUAACAAGUCCUGCAACACCAACUCCUGAUGCAAGCACUUCCUUAGAAGACUCUUUUGCUCAUUUACAACUCAGUGGAGAUAGCAUAACUGAGAGGAGUCAUCGAGGAGAAGGAGAAGAAGAUCAUGAAUCACCAUCUUCAGGCAGGGGACCAGCAGCAGACACUUCCAUUGAAGAAACCGAAUCAGAUGAUAGUAGUGAUAGUGAAGAUGUAUCUGCGCUAGUUGCACAACAGUCCUUGAUCCAGCAGAGACUUUUGGUUCCUAAUGCGAACCAGACAGUGUCUGAUAGAUCAGAUCAACUAGGAAAUGACCGACCAGUGGCAGGGGGUGGAACAGUGAGUGUUAGAUCUAGGAGGCCUGAUGGACAAUGCACAGUAACUGAAGUUUAAAGUCUUCAGCUCUAUACUCAAGGUUAAAGUA